CGGUUGUCAACGUAAAUGCAAAUGAAAAUCUGCAAAUUGCAUUGUGUUCUCUGCCGCGAUCGGGGUUGGGUGCGACGCGUGUGGCUGGCGGAAUGAAGCGCUUUCUCACCAGCAGCAGACCCGCUGUCAACCAGGUAGUUGCAGCCUUGUCCGCCGGCCUCGCCUUCGCGGGAGUGAUGACCCCGUGGGCCUUCCCCUCCGUCUCCCUGGGUCAGCUCACAGGGGAGAGGUCAGCGGUCCACCUCACGCGCGGUCAGCAGGACUGGUUCACGAACCUGCCUUUGUUCCUGUUGAUUCCUGGCUCGGUGGCAGGCGGCGCGCUGGCGGAGCUGCUCGGGCCCCGGACUCUGCUGCUCCUGAUGACUCCCCUGCUGACUGCUGGCGUGGCGGCCAUGCACUUCGCGUCCUACAAGCAGGUGCAGGACGCGGGUUUGGCUGAGGUCCUGCUGCUGGCCGCGCGGUCCGUGCAGGGAGCGUCGGCGGCGCUGAUGAACCCCACCGUGUCCGUGUACCUGUGCGAGGUGUCGGAGGAGCGCUUCCGGGGGACGCUGGCCAGCCUGGUGGACGCCUGGGCGACCUUCAGCUUCUUGGUGACGUACGUCGUGGGAAGUUUUGUGGUGUGGCACUCCCUGGCACUCAUCCUGCCCGCCUGCUUGCUCGUGCCGGCCUUCUUCGGGCUCUUGGCGUCCCAGGAGUCCCCUUUGUGGCUGGCGAGGAAGGGGAAGGAGAAGGAGGCGCUGCGCGUGCUCGAGGCGCUGCGCAGCUCUUCGAAGGACGUGGCGAAGGAGCUCGACGGCGUGGCAGCGUCCGAGGAAGAUGCGUCCUGCUGGGAGAAAGCGAGGAUGCUCGUCAGGAAGUCCAACCUCGUGCCGAUCGCCGUGUCGGUGUUCCUUCUGCAGGCCAAGGAGUUCUCCGGGAACAAUGCCGUCCUCAUCUACAUGCCCCAGAUCUUCCAGCAGGCGGGCGUCGGCAUGCCCCCCAGCAUCAGCAGCAUCGUUGUCAUGGCGACGCGCCUCGGCUGCAACUUCGUCGGGUCGGCGCUGCUGCAUCGCCUGCCGAGGAAGUGCCUCAUGCUGGCCGGUGCCGCCCUCAGCACCGCCGCCACCAGCGCCCUCGGCGCGUUCUUCUUCGUGCAGGGGCGCGGCGACGAUGUGGCCCUCCUCAGCUGGCUCCCGAUGGUGGCGCUGCUGGCGUUCACGGUGGGCGUGUCCGUGGGCGUGGGCCCCGCGUCGUGGCUGGUGGCCGCCGAGAUCCUCCCGCACCGCGUCCGCAGCCUCGGCUUCGGCAUCUCCGUCACAGGCUACGCGCUGGCCUCCUUCCUCGUCUCGAUGACGUUCGAACACGUGCGGGGGGCGUGGGGCUCCCACGGCCUCUUCUGGGCCUACUCGGCCGGCUGCGUCGUCUACGCCCUCCACGUCCUCCUGGCCGUCCCGGAGACGCGCGGACGCUCGCUGGCCGAGAUCGAGGCCGCCUGGGGACGCCGCACGAGCGCCCGGCCACGAAGAGGCGCGGGCGAGGCGGGGCCCGUGUGAGAGGCCGUCGCCGCCGUUCCUCCUCUUUUCGCCGACUUACCCUGCUUGCCAUCACUCCCUUUCUGAUAACGAUGAUUACAAUAUUGUUAAUAAUAAUCGCUUUCAUUCAGUUCUACAACUGAUAUCUACAACUUGCAAGGCCAGUCGAGUCACACAACUUUGUGGACAGCAUUUUUAUUUGUUUCAGUGCCUCCCGUCUCAGGAAAAGGGAAAAACAAAAUCGGGCAACUCAAAAGGAUUCGCAG